UAUCCCCCACUUUUAAAAAUGUAUUAAUAAGGAUUUAUAUGUAAAUUGGGGGACCUAUAUGUAAAUAUAGAAAUUUCAAGGACUAAACUGCUAAGUUGCAAAAAGAAAAAAAAAAAAAAAAGAAAAGGAAAAACCGAAAAUUCGGUAUUAUCCCACCGCCUCCCACGCACUCUGUUUCUUUCCAGAAACAGAGAGAGCGGUGGGGCGUGAGGAGAAGGGGAGUGGUUGAAGAAAAGAAGAAGAAGAGGGAAAAGAAGAGAGGAGGAAGAAGAGAGGAAGAAGAGGGAGAAGUGAAGAAGAUGAAGAAGAAGAAGAAGAGGAGGUGGCUGCAACGAGGGCUGCAGCGAGAAGCUGUGGGGCGUGGGGAGAAGAAGAGAGGAAGAAGAUGGAGAAGAGAAGAAGAAGAAGAAGAAGCAGAAGAAGAAGAAGAAGAAGAAGAGAGGAGGAUAGCUGCGGCAAGGCUGCAGCGAGGAGGUGUGUGGCUUUGGGGAGGAAAAGGGAAGAGGAGAAGAAGAGAAGGAGAAGAAGAGGGAAAAGAGAGGCAGCUGCAGCAGCCAGGGCUGCAGCACCUCUGUUUCCCGCAGGUGGAAACAGAGGAGAGGAUGUGUGGGGCGUUGAGGAUGAAAAGGGAAGAAGAAGAAGAAGAAGAAGAAGAAGAAGAAGAAGAAGAUAGCUACGGCAAGGCUGCAGCGAGGAGAUGUGUGGCCUUGGGGAGGAAAAGGGAAGAGGGGAAGAGGAGAAGAAGAAGAAGAGGAAGAGAAAGAGGUGUGAUACCUCUGUUUCCUGCAGAGGAAACAAAGGAGAGGGUGUGUGUGACGCCGGGGAAGAAGGGGCUGCAGCAGUGGCGAUGGCAGCUGCAGCUGGAAGAGAAGAAGAAGAGGAAGAUGAGCAGGGGAGGAGGAAGAGGUUGCGGCCGUGGCUGCGGCCGCGACUGCAGCAGUUGCAGCGGGGAGAGAAGAAGAAGAAAGGAAGGAGAAGGAAGAGGAGAAGGGAAAGAAGUAGCUGCGGCUGCGGUUGUGGCAGCUGCAGCUAUGGCAGGGAAAGAGGAAGAGAAAAAGGAAAGGAAGAAGAAGAGAAAGGGAAGGAGAGGAAGAAGAGAGGAAGAGGAGAAGGGGCUGCGGCUGCGGCGAUGGCAGCUGCAGCUGUGGCAGGGAAAGAGAAAAAGGAAAGGAAGAAGAAGAGAAAGGGAAGGAGAGGAAGAAGAGAGGAAGAGGAGAAGGGGCUGCGGCUGCGGCGAUGGCAGCUGCAGCUGUGGCAGGGAAAGAGAAAAAGGAAAGGAAGAAGAAGAGAAAGUGAAGGAGAGGAAGAAGAGAGGAAGAGGAGAAGGGGCUGCGGCUGCGGUGAUGGCAGCUGCAGCUGUGGCUGGGAAAGAAGAGAAGGAAAGGAAGAAGAAGAGAAAGGGAAGGAGAGGAAGAAGAGAGGAAGAGGAGAAGGGGUGGCAGCUGCGGCAGUGGCAGCUGCAGUUGGAAGAGAAGUAGGAGAGGAAAUAGAGUAGCAGAGGAAGAAGAGGCUGCGGUUGUGGUGGCUGCGGCCAUGGCUGCGACUGCGACUGCGGCAGUUGCAGCUGGGAAAGAAAGGAAAGGAAAGGGGGAAAAAGGGGCUGCGGAUGGGAUUGCGGUCGCAGCGGCAGUGACUGCGUAUGCAGCAAUUAUGUCUGCGAGAGAAGGGAGGAAGGAAGGUAGUGCGGUGGAAGGGGCUGCGAUUGUGGCAGCGGCAGCGGCGGCAGCUGUGGCAGCUGCGUUUGGGAAAGAAAAAGAAGGAAUGAGAGUAAGAGAGAGCAGGUGACUGUGCCUCGAUGUUCGACACGUGAUGUAGUUACGAAGAAAGGAAGAAAACGGGAGCACAAAACGAAACAGAGAGAGGACACGGAGGAAAAGUAGAAAGAUUGGACUGGCACCUUCCUUGGAUAUUCAGAUCAAAAUAUUUGAAAGGUCAGCUUGUUACUCUUCGAGAUGUUUGAUUUGGGCUGAGGCAGUGGAUAGCUAUUCAGAAUGAUGGGCAAGUCUGGUUGGUUAUUACGAUAUUGUUGUAUAAGUAUGUCUUGUAUAUAAUGAAAUGUUGUCGAUGAACCGAAAUAGAUAUACUGUGUCCAAGUGUUAGGAGAUCUCUCUUAUUUGGAAUUUCAGAAUGUUAAGUCUAAUUUAUGGUGAUAUGAACUUGUGGUGAUUAGUUGGAGUUCUGAUUGUAUAAAUUAUUUAGCUUGUGGAUUUAUAAAUAUUGCUCAUGUUUGUCAAGUUGGCUUGGGUUGCCAUAAAUGUGAAUUAUUGAGUGAUGUGAUAUAUGAUUAUAAACUGCACAGGUUUUAUGGGUGUGAAUAUGAAUAGAAUGUUUUUCAGUGUCCUCAAACGUUAGUUUGGAUCCUGGAUUGGUCUGUGAUGAAAAAUUUUAAAAAUCAUGGAUAUUUUGAGGGGCGUGACAGAGGUGGUAUCAGAGCAUUGUUUGAGGAUUACUGAAAUAUUUGAUAUGUUGACGUGCAAAAUAUAUUGAGGUCUAAUGAACUAUAGUGAUUGGUGGAAAUUUUCUUUGAUGUAUUUUAGGAAUCAGGGAUGAUGAGGACAUUUGGUCCUCCUAUUUCAUUGUUUCUGAUUAAUUAAGGGGAAUGAAAGGAUUGAUUGGGGAUAUUGAAUCAGAGUGGUGCAGCGGAAGCAUGGUGGACCUAAUUUCAUUGGUGGUAGAAAAAUGAAUGAUGCAAACAGAGAAGAUAUUUGAUGUACAAAAUUGUUUUGAUGAUCAAAAGAUUUCUUUUGCCACCUUAUAUUGGAAGUAGAGGCUGAUUAUUAUUGGCAACAAUGAAAAGAAUUUUUGGAGAUCAGUGACAAGAAUGAUAAGGACAAGUUUACCAAUAAGAAUAUGAUUGGAAAUGAAUCAGAAAGUAAUGACAAGAGGGUCAAGACAUUUGGAUUUGACAAGGAAAGUCACCACCAAAGACUUAAUCAUGUGUGAAUUACAAGUUAAAUUAUGAAACAAGUUUGUGUUUUCGGGUGAUUGGAGUCUAUUUUGCUUGUAGAAAGUUGGAUCAUAAAAUAAAAGUUUGCCCUUUGAACAAGAAGAAAGAGUCACUGCCUCCUAAAUCAUCAGCCCAUGUAAGAGUGUAUGCUAUCACUGAAUAUGAUUCUGAAACUUCUGAAUUAGUGGUCAAAGGUAUUAUGCAUGUUUAUGAAAGAAUGCAAAUAUUUGUUUGAACAUGGGUUCUAUCUACGAUUUGAUUCGUAACAUAUUGCCUAUCACUUGGGUAUUCAACCUAGACCACUGUAUUAUGUGAUAUAUGUAAGUACAAUCAUUGGAGAUUCUUUGAUAACGAACUUGAAUCUGGUCCUCUUGUCUGAUUUUUGUUGGAGAACUUGAACUUUUGCUGAUUUAGUUCUCCUAGAGAUUUGGAGUUAUGAUAGUAUACUUGGUAUGCAUUGGCUAUCUUCUUAUCAUACCAGUAUGGAUUGGUAUAUAACAAAUGAUCACUUUUUGCAUAUUUGAUCAGCCGAUCUUUUAUUUUGAGAGUAUUGGACAUUAUUUAUCUCCUUGCCUAAUGUAUCCCAGGAUGACUUGCCUGGAUUACCUCCAAAUGUGAUUUUGCUUUUGAUUUGGUCCUUGGGACAAUCCCUAUAUCUAAGCCUCUCUACAGAAAGAUAUCAUUUGAGUAAGUGGAAUUAGAAAAGCAACUACAAGGAUUAUUAAAUGAGGAUUUUAUUUGGCUUAAUAUUUUAUCAUGGGGUGCUCUGGUGUUAGUUAAAAAGAUGGAUGGAACAUGGAGGCUUUGUAUUGAUUAUGGAUAGUUGAAUCAGGUGAUCAUCAAAAACGAGUAUUUUCUGAAGUAACGAUUUGCUUGAUUAAUUACAGGGUGCGCAAGUAUUUUUGAAAGAUUGAUUGAAGGUCGGGUUUACCAUCUAUUGAGAAUCAAGAAGGAGAAUAUUUCGGUCACUUUUGGAAAAUUGUGUAAUUGUAUUGAAUUGAUGAAAUUAUUUAAGAGUAGGAGGAGGAAAUAAAGAAAUCAUAAUCCUCAUCUUUUCAUCGAUUGAGCUAUGACCAAUUUAGAGGACUAAAUUUUCUUUUAAGGGGGGGAGAGUGUAAUAUCCCCCACUUUUAAAAAUGUAUUAAUAAGGAUUUAUAUGUAAAUUGGGGGACCUAUAUGUAAAUAUAGAAAUUUCAAGGACUAAACUGCUAAGUUGCAAAAAGAAAAAAAAAAAAAAAGAAAAGGAAAAACCGAAAAUUCGGUAUUAUCCCACCGCCUCCCACGCACUCUGUUUCUUUCCAGAAACAGAGAGAGCGGUGGGGCGUGAGGAGAAGGGGAGUGGUUGAAGAAAAGAAGAAGAAGAGGGAAAAGAAGAGAGGAGGAAGAAGAGAGGAAGAAGAGAGGAAGAAGAGGGAGAAGAGAAGAAGAUGAAGAAGAAGAAGAAGAGGAGGUGGCUGCAGCGAGGGCUGCAGCGAGAAGCUGUGGGGAGUGGGGAGAAGAAGAGAGGAAGAAGAUGGAGAAGAGAAGAAGAAGAAGAAGAAGCAGAAGAAGAAGAAGAAGAAGAAGAGAGGAGGAUAGCUGCGGCAAGGCUGCAGCGAGGAGGUGUGUGGCUUUGGGGAGGAAAAGGGAAGAGGAGAAGAAGAGAAGGAGAAGAAGAGGGAAAAGAGAGGCAGCUGCAGCAGCCAGGGCUGCAGCACCUCUGUUUCCCGCAGGUGGAAACAGAGGAGAGGAUGUGUGGGGCGUUGAGGAUGAAAAGGGAAGAAGAAGAAGAAGAAGAAGAAGAAGAAGAAGAAGAAGAAGAAGAAGAAGAAGAAGAAGAAGAUAGCUGCGGCAAGGCUGCAGCGAGGAGAUGUGUGGCCUUGGGGAGGAAAAGGGAAGAGGGGAAGAGGAGAAGAAGAAGACGAGGAAGAGACAGAGGUGUGAUACCUCUGUUUCCUGCAGAGGAAACAAAGGAGAGGGUGUGUGUGACGCCGGGGAAGAAGGGGCUGCAGCUGCGGCAAUGGCAGCUGCAGCUGGAAGAGAAGAAGAAGAGGAAGAUGAGCAGGGGAGGAGGAAGAGGUUGCGGCCGUGGCUGCGGCCGCGACUGCAGCAGUUGCAGCGGGGAGAGAAGAAGAAGAAAGGAAUGAGAAGGAAGAGGAGAAGGGAAAGAAGUAGCUGCGGCUGCGGUUGUGGCAGCUGCAGCUAUGGCAGGGAAAGAGGAAGAGAAAAAGGAAAGGAAGAAGAAGAGAAAGGGAAGGAGAGGAAGAAGAGAGGAAGAGGAGAAGGGGCUGCGGCUGCGGCGAUGGCAGCUGCAGCUGUGGCAGGAAAAGAGAAAAAGGAAAGGAAGAAGAAGAGAAAGGGAAGGAGAGGAAGAAGAGAGGAAGAGGAGAAGGGGCUGCGGCUGCGGCGAUGGCAGCUGCAGCUGUGGCAGGGAAAGAGAAAAAGGAAAGGAAGAAGAAGAGAAAGGGAAGGAGAGGAAGAAGAGAGGAAGAGGAGAAGGGGCUGCGGCUGCGGUGAUGGCAGCUGCAGCUGUGGCUGGGAAAGAAGAGAAGGAAAGGAAGAAGAAGAGAAAGGGAAGGAGAGGAAGAAGAGAGGAAGAGGAGACGGGGUGGCAGCUGCGGCAGUGGCAGCUGCAGUUGGAAGAGAAGUAGGAGAGGAAAUAGAGUAGCAGAGGAAGAAGAGGCUGCGGUUGUGGUGGCUGCGGCCAUGGCUGCGACUGCGACUGCGGCAGUUGCAGUUGGGAAAGAAAGGAAAGGAAAGGGGGAAAAAGGGGCUGCGGACGGGAUUCCGGUCGCAGCGGCAGCGACUGCGUAUGCAGCAAUUAUGUCUGCGAGAGAAGGGAGGAAGGAAGGUAGUGCGGUGGAAGGGGCUGCGAUUGUGGCAGCGGCAGCGGCGGCAGCUGUGGCAGCUGCGUUUGGGAAAGAAAAAGAAGGAAUGAGAGUAAGAGAGAGCUGGUGACUGUGCCUCGAUGUUCGACACGUGAUGUAGUUACGAAGAAAGGAAGAAAACGGGAGCACAAAACGAAACAGAGAGAGGACACGGAGGAAAAGUAGAAAGAUUGGACUGGCACCUUCCUUGGAUAUUCAGAUCAAAAUAUUUGAAAGGUCAGCUUGUUACUCUUCGAGAUGUUUGAUUUGGGUUGAGGCAGUGGAUAGCUAUUCAGAAUGAUUGGCAAGUCUGGUUGGUUAUUACGAUAUUGUUGUAUAAGUAUGUCUUGUAUAUAAUGAAAUGUUGUCGAUGAACCGAAAUAGAUAUACUGUGUCCAAGUGUUAGGAGAUCUCUCUUAUUUGGAAUUUCGGAAUGUUAAGUCUAAUUUAUGGUGAUAUGAACUUGUGGUGAUUAGUUGGAGUUCUGAUUGUAUAAAUUAUUUAGCUUGUGGAUUUAUAAAUAUUGUUCAUGUUUGUCAA